AUGGGCUGUUCUUAUGGAGUAAAUAUAGGAAGAAUAAGUGAAGAAGAAAAACUUGUGAGUGCUGCUGAACGAUUUUUAGAGCUGCAAGAUAUAGAUCCUAGCACAUAUGAUAAAGAAAUUAAUAGUCAAGCUCUUGAUAAUUACUUAAGCGACUUGCAGUUGAAGCAUGCUUAUAAAUCCCUCGGAAUUAAUUAUAGCUUUUUAAAAGACAAGAAAUCUCUGCUGUAUAAAUUUUAUAAAUCUUUGAAAGUUGGAGUAGUAGGAUACAAGGCUAUUUCGUUGGUGUGCUUACUUCACCCUUUAAAAUUUAAAGAAUUUUGCUUAUUAGCAGCGGGUUUUUAAAUAGAUCAUUAUUGGUCAUCAGUUUUAAUUUUUAAAAUAAGCUUGUCUUGCCAAUUUUUUUGCAAUAUACGAAAAUGGCAAAUCUCCGUUUGGGAUUUAAUAUGCCUAAUCAAACUUCGACUGUAUGAGGAAAGUGAAUAUUUUUCUGGUCGACAUGCUGCUUGUCUAGAGCGAUCUAUUAUGGUGAUUUGCGCUAUUCUGGAAAUUAGGAACAUGGCUCUCCAAUAUUAAUACAAAGAAAAAAGCAGAGAUCUUAUAUGAAAAUUUCAAUAGAGGAUGCAAUUCAUCAUUUGAUCCAUUGGAUCAAGAAAAUAUGAUUGAUGAAAUGAUAGAAGUUACAGAAGCUAUAAUAAAAUUUGCACAAUUUCUAUAUCCUGAUAGCAAUCAACAAUUGGAUAACUAUCUGAAACAGAUUAUAAGUGGAAAAGAUUUAUUGAGACAAUAUUUAGUCCUUUUAAUAUGCCAAAACGAAGAGGAUGAAAAAUUCACCAAAAAACAAUUUAUUUGUGCAUUUCGAGACAAAACAAUAAAAAAAUUGUGCUCUUCUAACGGCUUUAGAGAGCUUUUAAUUGAAUGCUCAAUUGUGCAGAAAGAUAUCAAUCGUGUACAACAACCUAUUUUAUUAUAA